CAAGCCUCGUUUGAAGAAGGAGAUGUCAUGUUCUCGCAAGCGAAGCUACGGGCCUAAAGCUAGCUCCACUUAAUUAAUAUCUGGUGGUCAAUGACCAUAUCAUCACAAACUUCUUAGUAUUUUAAAGUUUACGUCGAAAAUAUUCGAAAUUCGACAACGGUCAAUGGAAACCAGCAAGCGAAAAUGCACUUUUUGCUUUUAGCUUUAGACGUAUUUUUGUAAGAGCAACAAACAUCCAUAAGACAUGCUUAGAUCGACCUACAAACACGCCGAGAGCUGAAGGUCUAUGAUCAAUAUUUUUGUAUUUAGUCAAUAUAUAGCAGUCGAUGUCGCCGCUGCAUCCAGUUCUGAUUACGGCUUUAUUUGUAGAACUUUGAUUUCGAAUUUUUUUUUUUUUAAUCAACAUUUGAAAUGAAUUUCCACAUGUCUGUUUAUGGUAUUACGUUAAGUAUUCUUCUACUUUUUUUCCGCAGCGGCUCAACAAAAUUAGCACCUGACUACAUACAUCCAUGUAACGACACGUCCAGCGAAUGCUUAGUGAAGGCAACACAGGACGCGGUUCCGCAUUUCGUAAGGGGUAUUCCCGAACUUGACAUUCCGACAUUAGACCCGUUCGUGAUCGAGGAGCUGUCCAUACCGUUGAGCGGUGUCAAAGUCACCUUCCUUCAAGGAAAAGUAUCUGGAUUUAAAAACUGCAUAGUCGAUAAUGUUAUAUCGGAAUUAGAUAAACGACAUUUCGUGCUCCAAUUUCACACUAAUUUAACGAUCAAAGGACAAUAUACAGCUGUGGGAAGACUGUUAUUAUUCCCUAUAAACGGAGAGGGUGAUGCCACGAUAAAAUUAACUAACCUGAGGAUGAAAGUAGACAUCAACACCAAAUAUAUAAAAGGCAAAAACGGACUUCAUCACUUCGGAUUGAGAAACUACAAAUACACCUUUGAUUACGGUGACCGGGUUUCCUUUGAUUUGCAGAACAUAUUCAAAGAGAGCAAACAACUUAGUGACACUGUAUUAAAUUUCCUGAAUGAAAACUGGAAAACAGUUGCGGAAGAGUUUGGGAAACCCAUCGUGGAUUACGCCGUAGAACUGGCUAUCAAUACCAUUAAAAAAUUCUUCCUAGCUGUCCCCUACGAAGAACUUAUCAACGUUCCGAUACCUAUAUAACAUAAGAAUACUAUUUAAAAUAAAAUAUUUUUUUACGUUUU